AAAAAAUUGUUUUCUCCUCUCAAAUUGAGCGCGUGUGAUCCAACCUAGAUAGGCGAUUCAUAUUUGUCUUGUGUUAGGCACGUGACGGCACAAUAUAAUAGUUUCAGAUUCCUCAUUUUUUAUUUUUUCUCAACCUUUUUCUGAACUUCAUCACCACCAUCCAACAACACCACUUCCUAUCUUCCCCAUUUUCUCUCUCCAACAAAUAUAUAUCUGCUCAGACUUCUGAACCCUAAUUACUCUGAUUUCUUUUCUGGAGUUUUGUUGUUUUGAUUUGGGUAUGACGACGUCGUUUGGAGCUGCCAACAGCGCCAUUUUCAUCGACCCAAAGCUUCAAAUUCAGAGCUUUAAUGGGUUGAAGCCAUCUGGGUUGAUUCCUGUGCACAAAGGUGUUCAUGGGGCUUCUGUAUCUUCUUCUAAUUCUUCCACCAUAAGAGCUGUCUCUACGCCAGUGAAGCCUGAGACUGUUGUUGCGCCUAAGCGUAGUAAGGUUGAGAUAUUCAAGGAGCAAAGUAACUUCAUUAGGUAUCCUCUUAAUGAGGAGAUGGUGAGUGAUGCUCCUGGCAUAAAUGAGGCUGCUACACAGUUGAUUAAGUUUCAUGGGAGCUAUUUGCAGUAUAAUAGAGAGGAGAGAGGUGCAAAAUCAUACUCGUUCAUGCUUCGAACGAAAAACCCGUCUGGUAAAGUGUCCAACAGAUUGUACUUGGUAAUGGACGAUCUUGCUGAUCAAUUCGGCAUUGGAACUCUUCGGUUGACUACAAGACAAACUUUUCAGCUACAUGGAGUUUUGAAAAAGGACAUGAAAACUGUGAUGGGAACUAUUAUUAGAAACAUGGGUUCGACUCUUGGUGCUUGUGGGGAUCUCAACAGAAAUGUCCUUGCUCCACCCGCCCCACUUGUUAGGAAAGAUUAUUUAUUUGCUCAGGAAACAGCUGAGAAUAUUGCUGCUCUCUUAACUCCACAAUCAGGUUUCUAUUAUGAUGUGUGGGUCGAUGGAGAGCAAUUUAUGACAGCUGAACCUCCCGAAGUGGUGAAAGCUCGUAACGAUAAUUCACAUGGUACAAAUUUCCCGGACUCUCCAGAACCCAUUUAUGGAACUCAGUUCUUGCCUAGGAAAUUCAAAAUUGCUGUCACGGUUCCCACUGAUAACUCAGUGGACAUAUUCACAAAUGACAUUGGUGUUGUUGUUGUGUCUGAUGAAAAUGGCGAGCCACAGGGUUUUAACAUAUAUGUUGGAGGUGGCAUGGGAAGAACACACAGGUUAGAAAGCACAUUUGCACGUAUGGCUGAACCGAUAGGCUAUGUGCCGAAGGAAGAUAUAUUAUAUGCUAUCAAAGCUAUAGUAGUUACUCAGAGAGAGAAUGGUAGAAGAGAUGACCGAAAAUACAGCAGGAUGAAAUAUUUAAUUAGUUCAUGGGGUAUUGAAAAGUUCAGAAGUGUUGUAGAAGAGUAUUAUGGAAGGAAGUUUGAACCAAUCCGUGAGUUGCCGGAGUGGGAGUUCAAGAGUUUUCUGGGUUGGCAUGAGCAGGGUGAUGGAAAUUUAUUUUGUGGCCUUCAUGUUGACAGUGGCCGUGUUAAAGGCGUGAUGAAGAAAACAUUGAGGGAAGUGAUUGAGAAAUAUAAUUUGGAUGUGCGUAUUACAGCUAAUCAAAACCUUAUUCUGUGUGACAUUCGCCCUGCAUGGAAACGUCAAAUCGGCACAAUGCUUGCUCAGGGAGGCCUGCUGGAACCCAGGCUAGUGGAUCCCCUUAAUGUAACUGCGAUGGCAUGCCCUGCUUUACCUAUGUGUCCAUUGGCUAUAACUGAAGCCGAGCGAGGAAUCCCCGACUUACUGAAACGUGUUAGAACUUCGUUUGAGAAGGUUGGCCUCAAGUACAACGAGUCUAUUGUAAUAAGGGUUACUGGCUGCCCUAAUGGAUGUGCUAGACCUUACAUGGCUGAGCUUGGACUUGUUGGUGAUGGUCCCAACAGUUAUCAGAUAUGGCUAGGUGGAACGCCCAACCAAACAUCCUUGGCAAGGUGCUUCUUGAACAAGGUCAAAAUCCAAGAACUGGAGAAGGUGCUAGAGCCUCUAUUUUAUCACUGGAAACGAAAUCGGAAAGCCAGGGAAUCGUUUGGCGAUUUCUCAAACCGCUUGGGUUUCGAAAAACUUCAAGAGAUGGUGGACAAGUGGGACGGUAUACCGAAAUCAUCCGGUAAAUUCAACCUGAAGCUUUUCGCUGACAAGGAAACGUAUGAAGCCGUAGAUGAACUUGCACAGCUGCAAAACAAGACAGCCCAUCAGUUGGCCAUGGACAUCAUCCGCAAUUAUGUUGCUGCCGAGCAAAAUGGCAAAAGUAUCGAAUGAGUUCGAACACAAAUUGCAUCUUGAUUUUCCAGAUGUAUGUAUUUUCUACAUAAAAGUCCAGGAAAAACAGCCACAGUUGCCUGGACAUGAUUUUUUAGUAAUCUUCUCUUCUUUAACCUUCCUUUCUCAACCCCCUUUUGUUUUGAUUAGACGUCCUUUUGUGUAAUUUUCUAUGUGGAGAGUUUUGGUUGUAACUGCAAUCGGGAUUUACGCUGCCUUUUUUCUGGUGGCUGUGUGAACACGACACAGGUUGCUAUUGUAACUGCAAUUGGGAUUUAGGCGCUGCCUUUUUUAUGGUGGCUGUGUGAACACGACACAGGUUGCUAAUGAGAGUUGUAAUUUUGACAGUUAUGAGAAUGCAAUAUGAUCUCAAUUUGAGGAGGACUGCUA